CUCACUGCUAAUCUGUUUUUUUUCAGAUUCUAAAUGACAACUAGGCACUUUGUUCAACUCUGCAUCUAUUUGUUAGCUGGAUAUUCAUUUAUAUGGUCACCUGGAAACUGUUCGGUUGGUGAUUCAGUAUCAGGUCAGGUGACUGGCUCCCCAAAUCCUAUGUCUAAUAGUAGAAAUGCUAAAUCUUUUUCUCCCGUGAAGCAAUUUCUGAUGCAGUCUUAUUAUGACAGAUAUACGGGCUUACAUGAUUCAGACUUUGAAAAUUUCAUGUCUCAUGAAGUCACUUCUGGUCUGUGUGAAGUGCUUCCAGAAAACCAUAGUUCCAUAUUAAGAUUGUCCAUUCUAAAACGCAAUCUUGUUGUUGAAGGUUCUCACCGUCGCAUGUCUACAUUAAUCAAAUUACAAACCCAACAGCUGAACUCUUUGUCUGAUCUUUUAAGCGACUCAUGUGAAUUAAUAAUUAUUGAAAGGCUGCCUUCUGGAGUUUUUGCUAAUCCAUUUGAAUUACAGCAUCUUGCUCAACGUGGCGUGUUCAGUGAUAUAACUGUCUUUGGUGAUACAAAUCUGGAGCUGCCUUCCUUCUUGUCCAAUCGAUCUGCCGUUGAAAUCCACUUAGAUAUUGAUCCAAAUACAUUGCUACAGCCAGCUAAUAUCAGCAUAGAGUUUCCUUUGCACGCACGAUAUCAACCUCUGAAUGAAAGUGGCUACUCAAUAGUCGAAUUUGGUGAACCGGAUACGAUACUGCGCUGCAGCACAAAGGUGUUUUGCAUUUGGAUAUUCUCUGUUCCAACAUAUCAUAACAAGGACAUCAUGGACCUGAAGUUGUCUUCUGAUGGUGCAUACUCAUGCGUCGACGGGAUUCACAAAUCUGUUUCCACAAACUACAAAAUCUGUCCCUCUGAUACUCUCUCCACCAUUGUUGGCUCUGUUUACGGUGUAUGGUGUAUAUAA